AAGCAGAUGGAUUGACUCUGCAGUCGAGUAUUUGCCAAAGUCAAAACUGAAUUGUGCCGUUGAGUAGUCGAGUAUUGUUAUUUCUGAAAAGGAAGGCUGCAUUUGUGAUUAAUUUUGGACAUGAAUUGGGCCUUUCAUUUGGGAGGAGGCAUAGGCCCGUAAUUAUGGACAUGGGCUGCUUAUUCUUCGGCCCAUCAUAUCAACAAUUAAUCAAUAUCAUUUUUUAAUUAAUUGACUUCCCUGCAUGAUAAUCGAUAACUAUUAGACAAAAUGCGUAUAUUAAUAAAUCAUUUACACAAAAUUUCAAAAUAUCCAUGUUACUUAUUAGACAAGACAAUUUAACUGUAGUGUGAUGGUAUCGCACCAACCUCUCUCUCUCCUCUCUUCUCUCAGGCCCUCUCGCAAAAUAAUUUGAAGGCGACGCCUCUCUCACCUCGUAAAAGGGGAGGAAAACAGAUCUCUGUCUGUAUUCUCCAAGUUCACCAAGCCAUUGAGGAUAUAAGAGAAGGAACAACAGAACGUAAAUAUGGUAUAAUGGCCACCGAGAGGGAAGCAUUUGAUCUUUCGGGACCCUUACACCUAACUGCUACCGAUUGGACCAAUGCAACUCAUCGAAGAUCUGUUGCUGCCAGUUUGGUUCAGGCUGUCUACAUUUUGGAGCGGGAUCGCCAGCAGAAACGCGAAGGCCCUGAUGCUCUUGCUUCUCCUUGGUGGGAAUUUUUCCAUUUUAAGUUGCUACGAAACCUAGUGGAUGACGCUGACUUCUGCAUUUUCGGUGCAAUUUAUGAAUUUAAACCUCCAUCAUCUCACGGUGAAAUCUCAACAAAAGGAACACCAAAAUAUGUGAUUGCCUUUCGAGGUACCUUAACGAAGCCAGACUCCUUUUCAAGGGACAUUGAGUUGGAUAUCCACUUGAUUCGAAAUGGACUCCACCGCACGUCUCGCUUUGAGAUUGCUAUGCAAGCAGUGCGAAACAUGGUCGCUUCUGUCGGUGGUUCAAAUGUCUGGUUAGCCGGUCAUUCCUUGGGGGCAGCCAUGGCAAUGCUAGCUGGAAAGACCAUGGCCAAGACAGGGAUCUUUCUUGAAUCUUUUCUCUUUAAUCCACCAUUCCUUUCUGCCCCAAUUGAGAGAAUUAAAGAAAAGAAAGUGAAACAUGGGAUCCGAAUUGCUGCCAGUGUGAUCACAGCAGGACUUGCUAUUGCAAAUGCCAGUAAGAACCCACGAAGUCAUCAGUCCAAUGAUCAAUUUACCACUCUCUCCGCAUGGGUUCCAGGUUUGUUUGUCAAUCCAGCCGAUCAUGUAUGCUCUGAAUACAUCGGAUACUUUGAACACAGGAAGAAGAUGGAGGAGAUUGGAGCUGGAAGUAUCGAAAAGUUAGCGACCCAGAACUCACUCACAUCUCUACUUAUGACCGCGAUCGGGAAGCAGCAGCCACAGGACCAAGAGCCACUACACCUCAUUCCUUCUGCAAAUGUUACUGUCAAUUUAACCCCUUCGAGGGACCUGAAGGCAGCUCAUGGAAUUCACCAAUGGUGGAGUCCUGACAUGCACUUUGAAUCCAAUCUCCACAGGUACAUGUAGAUUGGUGUGUAUUAUUGUUGUUAUGUGUGAUUGAAGGAAUUACUUUUGCUUUCAUUGUAACAUAUUAUGGAACACAAAUACCCUAUCCUUGUAAUCUUAAGCUAUUGGUCACAGGCAAAUAAGUGUAUAGAACCUUUAUAUAACUAAAUGGGGAGUUUGCAAUUUCAA